AUGGGCAGUGCCAGCCCCCGCCCGAGCCCCCACCUGCACCCCUCACUCUCUCUGCCUCAGGAGUGGCUGAUCAGGUUCGGCUACCUGCCCCCACCGGACCCCGCAACCGGGCAGCUACAGACGCAGGAGGAGCUGACCAAGGCCAUUGCGGCCAUGCAGCGCUUUGCGGGCCUGGAGGCCACCGGAGUCCUAGACGAGGCCACCCUGGCACUGAUGAAAACCCCGCGCUGUUCCCUGCCCGACCUCCCCUCUGCUGCCCCAGCUCGGAGGAGGCGCCAGGCUCCAGCCCCAACCAAGUGGAACAAGAGGAACCUGUCGUGGAGGGUCCGCACGUUCCCGCGGGACUCGCCCCUGGGCCGAGACACAGUGCGUGCUCUCAUGCACUACGCCUUGAAAGUCUGGAGCGACAUCACGCCCCUGAACUUCCACGAGGUAGCGGGCAGCACCGCCGACAUCCAGAUCGACUUCUCCACAGCUGACCACAAUGACCGCUACCCCUUCGAUGGCCCUGGCGGCACCGUGGCCCACGCCUUCUUCCCCGGAGACCACCACACCGCAGGGGACACCCACUUUGAUGAUGACGAGGCCUGGACCUUCCGGUCCUCAGAUGCCCACGGUAUGGACCUGUUCGCAGUGGCUGUGCACGAGUUUGGCCACGCCAUCGGCCUGAGCCACGUGGCGGCCACACGCUCUAUCAUGCAGCCCUACUACCAGGGCCCGGUGGGCGACCCGCUGCACUACGGGCUCCCCUACGCGGACCGCGUGCGCGUCUGGCAGCUCUACGGCGUGCGGGAGUCCGUGUCCCCCACUGCACAGCCAGACACUGCAGAGCCUGAGGAGCCUCCCCUCCUGCCAGAACCCCCUGACAACCGGUCCAGCACCCCGCCCAGGAAGGACGUGCCUCACAGGUGCAGCACACACUUCGAUGCGGUGGCUCAGAUCCGCGGCGAGGCUUUCUUCUUCAAAGGCAAGUAUUUCUGGCGACUGAAUCGAGAUCGGCACCUGGUGUCUCUGCAGCCAGCACAGAUGCACCGCUUCUGGCGGGGCCUGCCGCUGCACCUGGACGGCGUGGACGCCGUGUACGAGCGCACCAUCGACCACAAGAUUGUCUUCUUUAAAGGAGACAGAUACUGGGUGUUUAAGGACACUAACGUAGAGGAAGGAUUCCCGCGGCCCGUCUCCGACUUCGGUCUCCCGCCAGGUGGCGUCGACGCCGCCUUCUCCUGGGCCCACAAUGACAAGACUUAUUUCUUUAAGGACCAGCUGUACUGGUGCUACGAUGAACACACCCGGCGCAUGGACCCAGGCCACCCGGCCCGCAGCCCCCCUUGGAGGGGCGUGCCCAGCACUCUGGACGACGCCAUGCGCUGGUCGGACGGGGCUGCCUACUUCUUCCGUGGCAGGGAGUACUGGAAGGUGCUGGACAGCGAGCUGGCGGUGGCCCCCGGGUACCCACAGUCCACGGCCCGGGACUGGCUGGUCUGCAGAGAUGCGCAGGCCGACCACGAGGGCUCGGAGGGCGAGGCAGGGGCCCACGCCCCACCAGGACAGCAUGACCGGAGCCAUGCGGAGGACGGCUACCAGGUGUGCGCCUGCAGCUCCCUGGCCUCCCAUCCCCCGGGGACCUCAGGCCCGCUGCUGGCCGCCACACUGCUGCCGCCGCUGAGCACCCUGUGGAGAGCGGCCUGGGCCCUGGCGCUCUGAUGGCCACUGCGGCAGGACGAUGGGUCACAGCCAGGGGCCACACAGGGCAGGGACUGGUGCCCCCACCCCCCAGUACCUAAAACAAGAGCUCCCAAAGAGGGGGCAUGUGGCCUGGGGACCCGGCCUUGCAGCCUCUGAACAAAGCCCCCGUUUCAGUCUCCCUGGCAGAGAGGCGGCCCGGGGCACGGGCCCUUGGCCGGUCAGCACUGACUUCUGAACACAGGAGCACCAUCCCCUUGCUUUUUUGCCUCUACUGGCCCUGGCCCGACUGCCAGCUGGGAGUCUGGGAGAUGCCGUCAAGCCCUGGGUGGGGACAGGGAGACCGUCCAUCCUACCAGCAGAGAUGGGUCACACAGAACUCCACUGAUGGACGGGACAGGAGGUGCCAGGACCUCACUCGGGCCUGGAGAGCGCAGCUCAGCCAGCACCACCACCCUCAUCGCGUCCACACUGCCCACGGUCCCUGGUGCUUCUGCCCACCCAUGGGGGCUUUUGCCGCCCAUCCCAGAGGGCCUGCCACUGCCUUGUUCAGGGCAGCCCCCAACACUCAGAGGAGCCCCCCACGCUGAGGCCACCACUGGACUCCUCGUGAUGCCUACAGACAAACACGACGUCCUUGCUGCCCAGCUGCUCAGGCUCAGCUCCCUGAUGCCCCCAGGCAGGGGCCGUGUGGGUGGUUGCCCUCUAGGCCUGGACCCCAGACCCACCUGCACUCAGGUGGCGGGGGCUUCCAGGAAGGGCCUCACAGUGGUCACUUCCCCCUCUCUGUUCACCAGCACCGUUCUCUCCAGCACUUCCUUGCCGAUUCCGUGUCCCCAGGGUCAUUACUCCCAUUUCACAGAUGGGCAAGUGGAGGCCGGCUCAGGAAAUGAACCUCCUGCUCGCGGCCCGAGGCCCCAUCAGGUCUCAGAUCCAAUGCUCUGGCACGUUUGACAAAACCCAUUGAUGGAGGACCUGCCUGUGUGUGCGGGACAUGCCAAGCGAGACGUCUCCAGUCCUCGGGAGGCACCUGGGGUGUGGCUGCCAACCCAGCUUGCCGCCCACAGGAUGUCCAGGAUGGCAGCCUCCCUCCCACCCAGAGGGGCAGGAGAGCCCAGCCCUUUGGUCAGGAGCCCAGCAGGGAGCCAUUCACUAGUGUUCCUCGGGGGUGUGAACUGGGCCGGGAGGGGCUUCCUAACACCCAGAGUGAAUGUGGGGUCCAGUUAGGAAGAGACUAGUCACUGACGCUGUCAGGUGAGCUCAGAGAACUUCCGGGGGCUGGUUCACAGCGGGAGCCCCCACCUGGAGAGUGACAUAAACUGCUUUGGGGGUUCCUGGAAGGCCACCUGAGCAGAAGCAGGGAGGAGG